UAGGUAUUUCAGGCUGUUGCUACUGCACUCAGUGCGGUCGUGUUAAUGGGUUGGCUACCAAAUUUAUAAACAUUUUAUCGUAGAGUCUCCUGCUAAAAUGAGUUCAAUUCCGGAAAUCGAAACUGUAAUUCAAGGCAUAGAUGGUACGAUUAAAAAUGUGCAAGUCAGCCGAUUAACCAAACCAGGCGAAAACUACCUCAGUUUGGUGUAUCGGGUGGAUGUGGAGGUGGAGAAGAAUGGAAAAACUUCAACCAUUAACGCAGUGGCCAAAUGUCUUCCAUUGACGAAAACCGCGUUGGAUUUCAAUGCAUUCUCCAUGCGAAACGAAAUUAAAUGGUACUCAGAAAUUUUGCCGUUGAUCAAAAACUUUGGUUCGGAAUAUGGUCUAGAGACUGAUUUUUAUCCCGAAUACUUGGGCUCACGGUAUAGCUUGGAUCCCACUAAGACUGAAAUUGAUAAGGACUCUGCUUUGUUGAUGAGGAAUUUGAUUCCUGAUGGCUACAACAAUGACGACAGACACAUUGGCUUUGACCUGCCCAGCGCCAAAGUACUGCUAAAAGCCUUGGCAGCUUUCCACGCAGCUCCCUUAGCUCUUAAGUUCAAGAAACCCGACGUGUUUAAGCAACUUAAGUAUUAUCUGGAAAACACUCGUCCUCCCAUGCCACCUGGAGGACCGAAAGGCCCUGGAGAACCCGGAGGUCCUGGAGGUCCUGGAGGGCCUCCAAAAGGACCUCCUGGUGGUCCAAAAUAUCCUCCUGACAAGUUGGUUUUAGACCAAAUGCUUAGCAUUCCUCAAUGUCAACCUUACUUGGCUAAAAUCGAAGAAGUAAGGAAUAGACCCAGUCUUUCGCCAUUCGAUCAGGGGCCUAUUAGAGAACCAUGGAGCACCAUAGUGCAUAGUGACUUUUGGGUGAAUAAUGUUAUGCUGAAGAGGGAUGAAGGCAAAGUUCAAGUGAAGAUCGUUGACUUCCAAAUGUGUUCUUAUGGAUCUUUUGCAAAAGAUUUGGUGUUUUUCCUUCUAUCUAGUGUGCAGGAUAGUAUCCAGCAAAACAAUCUAGAUGAACUACUCAGGUUCUACUAUGAAGAAUUAGUGGCAGUUUUAGACAAAGUGGGCGUGCCUGAGCUGAAGCUCACCUUUGAAGAAUUCCUGGCGGAAGUGAAACUUGAAGCCAACAGUACAGAGGUGUUGCAUGCACUGUUCUUCUCCACGAUUGUGUUUGGCGAAAAAGGAACAGGGCCGGAUCUGUUAAUAGGUGAAGGUGACAUGAUGGAACAUAUGCAUUUAAUGGUAAAAAAUAUGAACGCACGCCAAAAAGAGAAGCUAGCAGUAAUUUUUGAAGUGGCUGUAUCCAAAGAUUGGAUCUAGACAUAUUUAAUUAAGUAAUUUAGAUUAAAUUAUUGAAUGUUGAGGACUUUAUUUGGUCAGGCACUUGUAGGCAGGUACAUGUUCCAAGUUGAUUACAUAAUUGUGAUAUCAACCACAUAAUUGAAAAACAGGAAUUAUGUACUUAAUUUGUUAUGAUAUAUGAAAGAGAUUAUGUAUUAAUAAAGAAAGUAGUUUAUGCA